GAAAGCAGCACACUUAUGCAGCAGCAGCAGAAAUGGCAGGCACGACUGCUUUGCCACUUCAAGAAUUCAUUGCAUCAUUGGACAAUACUUGUUUGCCAAAAAUUCUACAAGUUUGCUCUGGAGUGUACUUUCAAGGGUCUAUAUAUGAAAUUUCUGGGAGUGAAGUGUGUUUUUCCACUGGAGAUCUAGUAAAGGUCACUGGCAUUGAACUCCUAUCAGUUUGCUGUGAAGACAUCGGCACCAAUGAGAAGUUUGAGCUGCCUAUCAGCCACACAGGCUUGUUCAAGGUUGUACCAGACGACAUGCCGUACAGUACAAUAGAGGAAAUGCUGAGCCUGAGACCUGUGGGCCUUGAAUCCUGCCUUCCCUUCACUUUUGCCAGCCACUCCAAGAUGACCUUUGAAAAUUUCACUCUGGGGGCCGGGAGAGCUUUGACUGUGCUCUCCAUUCAGCGGCGUGAAGGGAAAGAGGAUCAGGUGCGCUGCCAUGUUCAAGGACAAGAGGGAGCCUCAGCUGAAGUGUGUAUCCCUCUUUCUUCCCGAGGGGAGUUCCAUGAGUGUGAGAGCGAGGAGCGCUUCACUCUGCGGGAGAUCAUGUCCUCACCCUGUCUGCGCAGUCGAAAGUUUCGCUUCAUCAACACAACCAAGUGUGACCAACCACUUAUCCUCAGUCCAGUAUACCAGGUCAACGCCAUCAUGAGCUUAAGGAAGAAUGUGUUGAAGUUCCCAUCCAGCUUAGAGGUGGAUGUGAUUGAUGUCACAGACGUGUGUAAGGAUGUAACUUUUGUGACGCCACUCAGUCUGACGGAGGUCCUUUCCCAGCCAGAUGAAUCCUUCCCUGCAGUAGUGGAAAUACUGGAAGGCCCAGAGAGCCGCUCUCUGUUUAAGUGCAACUGGCUGCCGCAAUUUAACAAAAAUGAGAACCUCAUUUUCCAUAAGAAAGGAACCUCACCCAUGAUUUUGAUAUCCAGCUUGAAAAGUCGGAAGGCACAGCAGUUCUUCCUGGUAUCUCAGCAAUAUGGUGGACGAUUUCGGAGGCGGCCAAGAGAGUUUAAUUCAGUGUAUGAGCUGUAUGUUGCUUUAGCCCAGGCACCAGAUCUGAGGGUCACUGUAACAACGAACUGUGAGGAAAUUGAGGAGGAAGGUCUGCCUGGCCUCAGUGUUGGGGACCAGCUGGAGGUCGUUAGUUGCAAAAUGGUUGAGUUGCCUUGUGGAAGCAGUAAGGGACAGAAGGAGUCCAUCGAGGCUCUCUUUUGUCGGCGCCUCCAAGAGCUGGAUGAUGACGAUGAUGAUGAUGAUGAGGAGGAGGAGGAAGUAAAUCAGGAGUGUCAGAAAGAGGAGAUUUUCCUGCCUUUGUACAUGCAGGGUCACUUUGUGGAGGUUAUCACUGAUACCAAGAAAUACAGACUCAGGGACUUGGGUAAACAGUUUAAAUUGCCACUGGAUGUUAAAGUGGUGAGCCGUGAUACUGAACUCGAGACUGAUCCACUAGUUGGUUUUCCAUGUCUCAGAAUAGAGGGGGCUAUGCUGGAGCCCACCAUCCAGGCAAGCUUUCCAAACAGACCAGACCACUGUUUCGAGAUCCCCACCCAGUGGCUCUCUCUGUCCGUCUGUUUCACCAAGGACCCCCUGCCAUGGCCCAAUGAACAACCCCCUAUGUUCCACUUGGAUACAGUUACUGAGGUCACAGACACGUUCUUAUAUGAAUUUCGAAAACAGGGUAACUCAGAUGCAGCUCCCCCACCUCGACCACCAAAGCGAAAUCUGUCAUCCUCAAAAUCUUUGAAAAAAACAUCAAAGAAAGUCUCAUCGAAGGCAGACAAGCACAAACAUCGAUCAGACAAAAGCGUCCCAGCCAAAGAGUUGGGCGAUUUGAAUUUAAAUAGCAAAAAAAGACCUCCAGCUCCCCCACCUCCGGCUAUCUUAGACGAUGAACCACCACCAGUUGUACCCCGAAAGCACUUAGCGCCUGAAAUGACAUCUGGCAAGGCUCAGCCAAACACCUAUGUGAAAAUGGAAGACUCUAAAAAAGUGUCGCUGAGUGACGUUGCAGCAGAUGUGGACAGUGACCAUGACUAUGAAAUUGUGGAUGACACUUUGGCAGCAAUGAUGAAGACAGCACAAGAGAAUGUUUUGUUCUACUAAAAGGUAUCACAUAUGGGCAGUGAGAGCUGAAUGGGUGACUAUGGUCACAGUCAUAUGGUCGUUUUUACCAUAUAUAUAUAUGUGACAUUAUUUUAGGACACUUCAGUGAUAGCAAAUGUGUGUAGCUUCCUCUUGUGUAACACAUAAAACCUGUGCUUCUCAUGUGGUCGGAGCAACUUUUCAUUCCUCAACCAUCCUCGUCAAGGUUGUGAGUGGCUGGAGCUGUGACACAUACAGUACACCACCCGCAAACCCUGACUGAACAAAUAAUACCUUUGCUGUUGGAAUAUGCUGCAGCACCAUCGUACUACACAUUUUAUUCAAACUUGUCAGGGGAGUGAUUUAACCAUGUGCUAGUUUCAAGGGCUGUAGCUUUGUAUACAAAAAAUUAUAUUGUGCAAUAGUAAGCAAUGCUUUACAGGAAAUACAGUCCAAUACACCACGAAAAGCUGUAAAAAGUUGCCAGAGUUAAAUCAACUCCUCUUUGUCUAAACAAAUACUCAUUUAUAAGCUUCACAGAGGUAGAAAUUGGUUGCUUCAUGUUGUGGUCAUUAACUGCAUGUUAGUGUGUCAACCUCCUACCAUAUAUGUAUACACAAACUCUAAACAGAAAGGGCUCAGAUCAGUCCUCGCUGUGAGGUGACACUCUUAACCACAGAGAUCACAAAAUGGCAACUCUGUAGUUUCUCACUUGGUCAUAAAUUCUCUAUUACUGUCAAUCGUAGAGCUCUCCCAGCUGUCAUAGAGAACUAAUGGUCUGAUUGUACAAAAAGGCACUGCAAUAUGUUUCGAAUCCUGUUUUUGUAAUCUCAGUGAAAAGACUAUUGGGCAGACUUUUAAUCACAUACUGUGUAAUGAAACCACUUUCCUGAAAGAAAUGAAUGUAAGUUUUACAUUUGUGACUAAUUGGCCAAACAAUUUGAAAGACUUACUUAAAGUUAAUUUUGUGUAACAUUUCUACAACUUCAGUUACAAACAUUAUGUGGAUUAAUGUGUCUGCUGUUCAAUUUUGUACAAGAAAGACACGUAUUGUCAUAAAAAAGAAGCUGAAGAAAGCAUCAGACUUAUUUGGUAUUUUCACAUUUUGUUAAAACUUUACUGUGUGAACCAGUGGGACCUUAUAUACAGGCCUACAUUUCUGCACCAAGGCCAAUCAACUGAAUUUGGUUGGUGGACUCAACCAAGUGAAGACAAAUAUUCUAAAGUGUGAUCCAAACAUAAAAGAUGCAAGAUUCAGUCUUGAAUGUCAUACCAAAAGGUCUGAUUAGAGAUGUAAAUGAAGUAUUUCUGUAUUUUAAAAAAAUUGCUUGUUUAUUGUGGGGUUGUGUACUAGUAUAAAUAAUUGUCUUAAAUUAAGGUUUAAUGCAAAUAAAUUGUGGGAAAGGGCUUCAAUAGUUUCCAAACCUAGUGUACAUACAGUAUAUUAUUAAGAUGUCAUUGUGUGUGAA